AAUCGCCGCCAGUUUCUCUCAAGGUCUGGACUCUGGAGUCACUUGAAGGGAAAGCCUUCAGCUUCCGCCAUAACCAGCGCGAGAGCGGAAACGUCUUCUCCGCCCAAAGUUUCAGUCGGAGUUGCUCGCCGUUCUCGGCCGCCGUUGCAACUCUUCCUUUGAUCGCUUUCCCUCCUCCCCUGUCUGCUAUUUGUUGAACAUUAGACUCCUCAUCUCGACGGCGGCGGACGACCGGGUUUUAGCUGCUGUCUGUGCUUUUACGCGCCGCCGCCUUUCAGCAAAAUCGUAGGGGGCGGUUGCCGAACGAGUUUUCCCGGCUAACGAUUGAAGUGACUCCCUGAAAGAGAAACAAGGUAGAUUAUUAUUCUUUCUGUGAUAGCCAGCUCCAUUUAUUUGCCUCUGACAUUCUCUGAACCGGGGUUUGAAUUGGAAUCCAAACUACAGUGCUUUCCUUCCCUUCCUUCUGUAUUUUGUUUCCCUUAGACUCUUAAAGAUGCAAAGUCUUUGCUUUGUGGCUGAAUGGUUUAUCUCUGUGCUGUGUUGAAUUAUUUGUAAUGGUUGUAACCUUGUGGUAGAACUAAUUAGGACUCUGAAACUUGCUCUUAGUUCGUAGAAUCCGAAGAUUGUUACUCAUCCAAAGUACUGCUGCGUUUAUAUUAGUGAAAGAUUUGUAUCUUGGCGUGCUUAGUGAUAUUCCCUGUCAUCGGUAUGAUUUAGCUUUUGCUAUCAUUGUGUUGGAUUCUGACUUGGUGGAACUGUUGAUUGCCACUCUCAGUUUCUUAUUGGCCAGAAUGGAGGUAGAAGAGCUCGAAGCUAAUGGAAUGAGUUUGAAGGGUGGUGCAGAUAUGAGUCCGGGUGAGGGGAAGUCGAACAGAUUGAAAAGCAAAAAGAAGAAGCGGAUGCAAGAGGUUGGAGUGAUUGAAGUUGAGAAACACGUCAAUGGUGACAACACCGAAGAAGACUAUGAUGUUGAAGGGAGCCGAACAAGGCUGAAAAGUGGGAAGAAGAAGCAGAAGAAGAAAAUGAUGAAGAAUGCCGAAGUUGGUGGUGAUGAGACUGGUGAGGAAGAGGUGAAGAAGGGGAGUAAGAGAAAGAGGCAGCAGUUAUUAGAAGAAACUGAACGGGAUGAGGAGGAAGAGCAUGAUGUAGAUGGAGCUAUUGGUCCAGAUUCCGUUGAUGAUACUACUGAAUCUCUGAACAAUGAGCGAAAGCAGUCGUUAGUUGGUGAUAAAAAGGAGAGAAUGAAGAGAGAGAAGAAGAAGCAGCGUUUGUUAGAGGAAACAGCCAAGGCUGAUAGGCGUGGAGUUUGUUAUUUGAGCCGAAUUCCUCCUCACAUGGAUCCUGCAAAGCUCCGUCAUGCUCUAUCACAGUAUGGUGAAAUCCAGAGGAUCUAUCUUGUACCAGAAGACUCAAAUCCGCUACAUUUUCAGAAGAAAGCUGCUAAGCAUAGGAUGCAAUCAUUCGCAGAAGGGUGGGUGGAAUUUACUGAUAAAGUUGUGGCAAAAAGAGUUGCAAACAUGUUAAACGGCGAACAAAUGGGUGGGAAGAAGAGAUCACAGUUCUAUUUCGAUACGUGGAACAUCAAGUACUUGAGUAAAUUCAAGUGGGAUGAUCUGACAGAGGAGAUUGCUAUAAAGAGAGCCGUCAGAGAACAGAAGCUAGCUUUAGAACUUUCUGCUGCAAAGAGGGAACGAGAUUUCUAUCUCUCCAAAGUUGAGAAAUCAAUCGCUCUUACUAACAUAGAAGAACGGCUGAAGAAGAAGCAAAAGGCACAAGAACCACCAAGGGUAAUCCGCCGAAUGCCACAGAAAAAGCCAGUGACUGAGAAAGCAGAGGAGAAGAAAUCUAAAAUCUCUAUGGAUGUCCUGGCCGGAGUGUUUGGGGGUUCUUCUGGGUGACAUCUUUGGUACCCCCUUCAGUUGCUGUCAUGAGGUCUGCAGCUUUCUGGGAAAUGCCUCAACGCUGUUUCCGAAGUGCCUUGUGGGUUAAGUUAUCUCUUUUCAGGUUUCCUUACGCACUGCGAUUUUGACGAGGAAGAGGGAAUGCAUCUAUAUCCGAAUUUCAGGGCUUUCUUGAAGAUGGUUGAUAAAUGUAGUGUGAGUGAAAAGGACAGUUAUUCUGAAACUUGAGACUGGGGAGUUCUCAACCUGGCAAUAGGUUACAAUGUUUAGUUGGAGUUGGUCGGAUGUAGAAGAAGAGUGAUGUAAACGCAAUAUAUUGGUGAAACUCUUACUUGGUUUACUAUAAUGCACAAUUAUUCAUAGGGUAAUUGGAGUAUUGUGUCUCGAUUCUUUGAUAUGGUCUUUUUAAGUUUUUGUCGAUUUAAAGUAGACAACUAUGAACAAAAUAUCUCAUUUGAA